GAUUUGGACAGCUAGUGCCUUAUCCUCAGAUCCAGGUGUCUUAAGUUCAAUGUCGCUGGAGGUGAUGUGAACUUCAGAAGUAGAUACUCUCUCUACCUCAAAAAAAAAAAAAAAAAAAUCUGGAGUGAACUUCGGUAGUAAAUAUGUGCGUCUAAGACUCUAAGCUAUAAAGUUAAGCUGUUGGUUAUGCAUUUCUUGAGCGUUUAGCAUAAAGGUCUUCAGUGAAAAUCAUCUCUUGCUACAAAAAUGGAUGUCGUUUCAUCGAAACCUAACAUUUGUAAAAGGUUGGAAGGCAAAGUAGCACUAAUAACUGGAGCAGCUGAAGGUAUAGGCGCUUGCAUAGCAAGGGUUUUCGUAUACCACGGAGCCAAAGUAGUCUGUGUUGACAUCAACAAAAAAUCCGGUCAAUCAGUCUGCGACGAAUUAGGUCCUGAAAAUGCAACUUUCAUCUACGGUGAUGUGACCGAUGAAUCGGACAUGGAAAAGGCGAUAAACACGACGAUUGAGAAACAUGGAAAGCUAGAUAUCAUGAUCAACAACGCUGCGGUUUCCGAUGAACCAAUACCGAGCAUCACGGACACCCGUCUUUCCGAUUUUGAGCGCGUCGCGCGCGUGAACAUAGCGGGGGUUUACUUAGGCAUCAAGCACGCUGCCCGGGUCAUGAUUCCAACUCAAACCGGAUGCAUCAUCAACCUAGGUAGUAUUUCCGGUCGGAUUGGCGGGAUUACUUCUCACGCGUACAGCAGUUCCAAGCAUGCUGUGGUGGGUUUGACCCGGAACGCCGCCGCGGAGCUCGGGAAACAUGGGAUCAGAGUCAAUUCGUUGUCUUCUCACGUUGUUCUCACCGAACCCUCCCGGAAAUUUUUCAAGAUGGAUGAAAAUGGACACUCAAAAGUGUAUACGAAUCUCAAUGGGAUGAUCCUCGAGCCGGAAGAUUUAGCCAAUGCGGCGGUUUUCUUGGCUAGUGAUGAGAGCCGGUUCAUGAGUGGGCAUGACCUUAUGCUUGAUGGAGGAUUUACCGUUACUAAUCCAGCAUUUGGGUUGUUUUCCCGACUUUGAUGAUCGUUCAUAUAAUUUGCUUAGUUUUCAGGGUAGGAAUAUUGUAACAUCGAUAUUUUCUUGACCCCAAAACUAUAUUGUCCUAAUUGAAUUUUUAAUUUUAAUACAAUUUGAAAUAAAAUUAAAUCUGAAAUAUAUCAUAUAAUUUCAGGACGAAGAAAAUAUAUCUGUUUGAAUCACAUCACCAAGA